GAUAGCACAAGGGCUAGAUGACCCCACUCCCAAUGUUAAAGUGCCUAGGAUAGCACAAGGGUUACACCUUGUUCUAAAAUAGACUUUCGGCUCCUGUUUGUUCUUCACCUCCCCACUCCUCCAUAAAAAAGAGCUUUUUUAUGUUAGUCCUUUAUUGUUGACUGAUUGAACGUAAUGCCUAAUAUGCUUUUGCAAGAAUUUAGACAUAUUUCAAUAACUCUGGAGAGUGGAACAUGGAUUUAUUGUAAUGGGAAACCAGUUUUCCAAUAGCUGUAUAUUUUUUUCAUUACUUUCAACUCUUGAGAACCCACAGGGUCACAUUUGACCGGUGUUUCUGUUUUUUUUUUUUAUUUCUGUUUUUAAUUUUAAUUUUUCUAUUUUUAAUUUUUUGGCUCCUGUUAAUCCCUGCUACCAAAAAAUAAACAAAUAACACAACCAAAUGAAGAGAAAUCAAAUUAACUUCAAAAUGGGAGAAGAAAAUGUCUUUUUACUUCUUCUGGGUCAAAGGACAUUUUUAGGUUGUAUGAAUUGAAUUGAUCUGUUUUGUUUUUUUUACAACAAAAUUAGCAAAAAAGAAAAAAUAAGUUUUAUUUUUGCACCUGUAUAUGUAAAAAGAUAAAAGUCCUGGAACAGAGCCUUGGGGAACAGAAUCCCCCAAAAUGUACACCUUGACAUUAAACUAAGUUUUUCUGAAAAAAUAAAUUCAUGGCUGGAUUGAGUUUUGUUUUUUACUCUUUGUCUAGAUGAAAUUCUAGUGAUCUAAUUUGUUUUGCUCCAACAACCAAUAAAAAUCUUCCACCGUGUCAGCCGGGUUCCACACCUGUAGCCUCUUGACCCUGGAAAGCCCAAGAACAAUGUUUCUCUGGGCUUUUACUGGUAAAUUGACAACUUUUUAACUGUUUGUUCAUUUUGGGUAGCAGCAAUUGACAGCAGCAAAAAAAUAAAUAAAAAAAUAGAGAACUAAAAAUUGAAAUAUAAAGAAACUGUGGUCAAAUUUGACCCUGUGGGUUCUCCAGGGUUAAGUCAUUACAUCAACAUCCUUAUACUGGUUAGUUGAUGUAAUUGACUUGACAUAAAGAAGUCAGGAUAAUAAAAUCUCAGAGAUUAGAUUUAUCAAAGCUCUUCUUUCUUUUCCGUUUACUCUGGUUAGAGGUGGGGUUGUGAUUUGUUGUCAGAGGGGAAAAAGUCCACUGGUGACAUAAAACAGGAAGUGACACAUGCUAAAGGUUACAGCGCCUGUCAGUGAGAACCACAUCUGCCUCUGUCUCCUGGCAUCGGUUGGCUGUUUCUCCAGGAAGAAUGUCUUUGAACGACUUUGACUUGUCUCAAGCGCUGGACAGCGAGCCAGAAUCCGACUCUUUCUGCUUUGACAUGGCGGACGAGAAGGAAAAGGUCUUUGAGCUGGAGGACAACCUGGACCUGAUAGUUUCCUACAACAGGAGGACAUUGAAGAAAAUGGUGAACCUGGUGAUGACCAUCAACAAGAUGCAAAUGCCUCCAUCUGAAGGCAGCAGUGACCUGCAAGGUGACGGGAUCUGUAGCACCGUCAUGGAGCACGUGGUGAAAGAAACUGUUGUCUGUAAAGACGAAAACGUCUCCUCUGGCGAGAGGAGGGUCUCUUUCACCAGAACGGGCAGCAGGACGGAGUUCAAGCUGUCGGACAUGAGUCAGAGACACAUUGUUCACUUCUCAGAGGAGAUGAAACUGAAGGCCAUCACUCUAAAGGCGGGAUACUGCCAUCUUAAAGUAAACUUCACCAUGUCGAGGUACAACCCCACCUCCUGCAGCAACAACAGUGGGAUGACGGUCCUGCUGUCGAUCACCAAAAACCUGCACCUGUCCUGCACAAAGACAGACAAGGAGGUGAUCCUCAACCUGGAGGAGUGCUGUGAGGAGAAGCUGAAGGAGAUCAAGAAGGAUGAGGACAUGGACCGAUUCCUUUUCUUCAAAAAGAUCACAGGAAAGAGCCAGUGGAGCUUUGAGUCUGUAAAGUACUGCGGGUGGUUCAUCAAGACUUCGCCUGAGGACACCGAGCCCUUGGUGGAGAUGUGUGAGGACGACGGAGACGGCUGCAACCCGUACUUUAAAGGAUGCCAACUGAGAAAGUUAUAGAGUUGGUUGAAUUCAUUAAGUCACCUCUCGGAUGGACCCAGUAGCCAUCUGGACCAAAACUUUUGGCCUCUUUGAAAGUUUUUCUUCUUUACGUAUCUAGAAGUUUAAGCUGCUGGCGUGUGAUUGGCCAAUUUGUUUGAUCAUCAUCAAAGUCAGAGACUACUUUUUUACUGUUUAGAGCAAAAGCCUGCAUUUCUUGUUGGAAAAACGUGUAAUAGGAUAUUCCUUUAAAAUCUUUGUUUUUUUAUGUACAAAAAAAAUGUUUUUCUAAAAAAUUCUACUUAUUUUUUUGGGUGAAAACUUUUUUGUGUUUGCUUUUGUUACAUUUUUACAGAAAGAAAUGUGUGAAAUGUGCACUGAAACAAUAUCAAUAAACAUAAUCUAUCGAUAAA